UGUCGUCGGAUGCUGAUCUUCGUAAGCGUCCUUGUCGUCACUGAGUGCCUCUGUGUUAUGGCGGAAAUCAUGGUAGAUCUGCACAGUCUCCGAUUUCGCUUUGAACAUGAGGAGGCGGAGCUGAAGAAGUUUGUCGGAGAAAUAACGCCAAGCGACGCUCCGACCCGAGAAGAUAUCAUGUCCACUACAGACCUACUUAAUUAUCUUAGAAAAAAUGACCCAAUAAACACAAGUUCUUGUAGUGACCCAAAUAGGCAUCUGCGCUCUUGGCCUGAGAAAGAGGAUUCAUCAUUUAAGAGAUUCAUUAGGAAAGCCCCCAAACACGCUGGUAAACGAUAUAGAGAGGGUAUCCUAGAAAGUGAUGCUGUUGUUUUAAAUCGUUUCAAAACAUUUCGUGGUGCAAAAGAAAUUAAUUACCGUGCUAGUGGCAUACACAGUUAUGAUAACGAUGAUGCUGUUACUGAUUAUGCACGACAGGAACACUUUGGACGCGAUACGAAACAGAAAAGAAGCAAUUUUGAAGGGACCAAAGAGUGUCGUGUAAUAAAUAAUUUCGUGUUUUCAUUUCAAACGGACGCAAGCAAUCGUUACUAUUUACGCUCUUUUGAUAGACUAGACAAGUCAACAGCCACUGAAGAAGACUAUUUACUGUAUCAAGAAAAGUACAUAGACUUUCAAAAGGUUGCCCACAUAAUAAAAUACAUUGGCUUCGCUGUAUUGUCUGUCAUGGUUUUUGAGGUGCUGCUUAAAUUGGUAUGUUUGGGACCUGUCUUCUUCCGCAAAAAGAUUGAGGUAUUUGACGGUUUCAUUGUUACAAUAUCGUUCGUGAUCGAUGUGGUGUUUAUGGACAGUAAAUGGUACGAAUCCGGCAAAGACGCUACAACGAUACUUGUCCUUCUCAUGCCAUGGCGAGUCGUCCGCAUUGUUAACAGCUUUCUGAUCACGAUUAACCACAAGCAUCACAUAGAAAUGCUGACCAUCAGAAGAGCAAAGAAAAAGGUCGACAUCAAAUUAAAGAAACUGCGACAACUUAUGCUUGAAAUGAGACACGACAUUGAUUUGUUGAUUGGUUUGGCUAAGCUAAAGGGUGCUACAGAACCGGAAAUCGUUAACUGUAUUUACGGCCAAGGAAGGGAAACAAAGUCCUUGGCAGCCAUCACCGGUAUGGCGUCGCUCAUGUUUAUCAGUACACUCGGGAAGGACCCAAGCACCCGAGAUUGCACUAGGAACACCCGUGAGUCGGGGGACAUGUACAAUAUGCUCAUCAGGGAUAUUCUCAGCGACGAGGAGGAGGGGGAAAGUGAUCCGCUCACAGAAACGUCCGAUGCAACCAAGGCCUUGUUCCGGAUCGGUAAAGAACGCGACGAAGAAGACGUUACCGUUGAGAUACCGAAAGAGAUGUCGAGCUCGGACAAAGAAAGUAAGAAACCGAAAAUACGGAGACGUGUCACGUUACCACGUCGUCAUAAAAGCUGCAAUGAUGACGAAAAACAGGUGUAUUACAUCAAUGACGGUUUUGACGUUAUGGAAGAAGUUGAUGACGAAACAUUUGCACGUGGGGAUAAUCGUUCGGUAAGAAGUAUGCCACAGAUUGAAACGACAAAGGAUGGGAAAAGCAUUCUUACGUUUGAAUUCACGACGCAAGUGUCAUAUCUUUGAAAAGAAUGUGAUUGUACGAAACAUUUUCAAAUGUAAUUACUUGGGAAUCUCCUCCAAGUUCGGACGUGUAUUUCAUGGGAUGAAAGGAUGUGAUUUAACGAGACGUUUUCAAUUGUAAAUACUCGGCAAACUCCGGCGUGUAUUUCGGUUGGAUAACAGCCGAUUUUGUUCCGAAUGGAGACGUUUUGUGAGAAAUCCUCGGGCUAGUACUUAUUACAAGAAGAUUCUACGGAUUUGCAUACGGCUGUG